CUUAACUCCCAACCAAUGUGGGACUUUGGCAUUUUGCCAAACUUCAACAAUACCAACAGCUAAAUGGACACCGCCUUCAUAGGACAUAAAUUUUUUAUCUACUUUCACCAUGUUUUUCAGAUUGAAAUAAUGAAAAGACUCAGACAUCCUAACGUGUUGCUAUUCAUGGGGGCCAUAUUUUCUCAAGAAAAACCUGCUAUCGUCACUGAGUUUUUGCCCAGGGGAAGUCUUUUCAAAACGCUUCACCGAAAUAAUAAGCCAUUAGACUUCAGUCGGCGUCUUAGGAUGGCCCUCGAUGUGGCAAGAGGUAUGAAUUAUUUGCAUCGCCGAAACCCACCUAUUGUACAUAGAGACCUGAAAUCUUCAAAUCUGCUUGUCGAUAAAAGUUGGACUGUCAAGGUUGGAGAUUUUGGCCUUUCAAGAUUUAAAGAUGCAACCUUUCUAACAUCAAAAUCUGGGCGAGGGACGCCGCAGUGGAUGGCUCCUGAAGUACUUCGAAAUGAACCUUCAACAGAGAAAUCUGAUAUCUUCAGUUUUGGUGUGAUCCUAUGGGAAUUAAUGACUGAAUCUAUACCAUGGAGCAACCUUAACUCUUUACAGGUUGUAGGAGUUGUUGGAUUUAUGAAUCGUAGAUUGGAAAUUCCAGAAAAUCUUGAUACUCGAGUUUCUCCAAUCAUCCGCGAUUGUUGGCAAAGCAAUCCAGCACUCCGUCCAUCAUUUGAAGACAUAAUUCAAAGGAUGACAGACGUAAUUCUCUCGUUUACAGGGUUGCCAGCUAGGAAGAACACGGCCAUAUUAUCAAACACGAUUUGACAGGUUACUACACAUAACAACUUAUAUAAAUUCACUAGUCCAAGUGAAUACAUAAGGCAGUGCAACUUGUUUUUCUCUCUUUCACAAUCUUUUCUUGUUUUAAAGUUUUGGUUAAUGUUCUUCAUUUAGCUUGAAAGUGAAGGGGUGUUGUUAGAACUAAGAAGCAUAUAUAGUCCAUAGCCUCCUUAGGAAAAAAUAGUGUAAAGAUUAUAUCAAAGUGAGCUGUUCCCUUAUUGAAUGUUUAUGGAGGAGAGUUAAGGUCAAAUAUACCCUUGAUUGAAUUGAUUUACAAAGUACACUAUGACGCUGUAAUAAAAUUUCAAGCAUCAAGUUAUUUGUACAUUCUAGUAGAA